AUGGAGGACAAGUUGCAAAGGCUGCAGCUUCUCCUGCUGAGAGUGCGCACGGUCAUCGAAGAAGCCGAUGCGCGAUGUAUCACAAACUCUGGUAUGCUGAUGCAGCUCAAGCAGCUUUCAGAGAGCAUGUACCGAGGGUACUAUGUGCUGGAAAACUUCAAGUAUAGGCCUGUAAUUGAGAGUGAUGAACAGAAGAAAAAUCUCAAUAAUCAGGGUGCUCCAGCCAUUCUUGCAAUCAUCGGCGGUCAUAAGGUUGGCAAAAGAACUCUUGUUUCACAUGUGUGCAAUACUGACAAGAUUCGGAGCCAUUUCUCUUCGAUGUUGCAUAUUUCUGGGCACGUCAUAAGCAGUAUAGAACAUGACAAGUUCCCAUGCGUGAGGACUCUGGUCGUGAUCGAAUUUACUUCAGACGUCAGUGACGAUGAUUGGAUGAAGUUCUAUUCUUGUGCGUCACGCAUGGGUGAAGGAAGCAAAGUGGUAGUCAUAAGUAGGUUUGAAAAGAUUGCAAGAUUUGCUACCGUAAAGCCAAUCUAUCUGAAAUCGUUGUCACAAGAAGAGUUUAGCUAUCUCUUCAAGGUAUUGGCAUUUGGAAGCACAAAUCCAGAGGACAACCCACAGUUAUCAUCCAUAGGAAAUGAGUUGGCAACACUGAUGCAGAGAUCGUUCAUCAUGGGAAACAUUCUGGCUGAUGUAAUGAGAAAGAAUCUGAAUACUCAAUUCUGGUUCCAUGUGUUAAAAAGGGUCAGUUUUGGUGACUUAAUAGUAGGCUCAGCUUCUCCUCCAAAGAAGAUGUUCGAGCUCAUGACAUGGGAAUCACGGCUGCCCCCUCAUUCAAAGAUAGUCCGGAUCUGUGUUGAAGACAAGACUCAAGAUGCUGCCCAAUCGAACAAGAAGCAGCGUCGAGGAGUAGCUAUAUAA